GAGAGGCAGAGGAAGCGCAGACUCCGGAGCGCGCGGCCCGAGCAACAUGACGUCGGCCUUGGAGAACUACAUCAACCGUACGGUUGCUGUUAUUACAUCUGAUGGCAGAAUGAUUGUGGGAACCCUAAAAGGUUUUGAUCAGACCAUCAAUUUAAUUUUGGAUGAAAGCCAUGAACGAGUGUUCAGCUCUUCUCAGGGAGUAGAGCAAGUGGUAUUAGGAUUAUACAUUGUAAGAGGUGACAAUGUUGCAGUCAUUGGAGAAAUUGAUGAAGAGACAGACUCUGCACUUGAUCUGGGAAAUAUUCGGGCAGAGCCUCUAAAUUCGGUAGCACACUGAUAAAAUAUUUACUUUAGGCUUUUGUAAAUCUUUUGACUGUACAGAUCUACUUAUUCUGAGGAUAAUGUGCAAAAUUUAUACAAAUUGUGAUAACUACAUUUUUAUUCAUUUUGUGUGUUGCAGUUUGAUAUGUAAAUUAAAAUAUUUCUACAUUUUGCAUUUUAUUGUAAGUUUUUUAUAUUGUAUAAAUAUCUAAUAGUUACUAAUAGUCAUAAUUUGGGGAAUUUUAUAAACACAUGGUAAUUUUGAUAUUUUAUAAUGGAAAAUUGUAAGCAGAAAUUUAUACACCACUUACAUCAAAGGUAUAUAUUCCCUUGAGUAUAUCUACCUGGAGUUCCUCAGAUUAAUUUUUUUUUACUACUUUGGCAUUGGUUUAUUUCUGCAACUGCUAUUUUCUGAUAGUUCGUGUAGCUUCCUGUAAUAAUUGUGAAUCAGUUGAGGUUUAAUUGAAAAGGAAAAUGAUGGGAGAGAAAAGAUUCUCAUAUGGAACAAAGAUAGGGAUUUGAAAGGUAUGAAGGUGUAAAAGAGAUAAGGUAUAAGAAUUGGUAAGUUUGCAAUGAAUAAUUUGCCUGAGAUAUGUUUUAAAUAAUGGCCUUAUUGUGUACAAAUUAUCUUGAUGUUGAUGAAAUUGUUCCAACUUAGCAAAUGUCAUUUUAUAAAUAUCUGUAAUUGAAAAUUUGUUUAUAUCCAGUCAAAGCUUGCUUUCAUUGAGUAAGUAGUCUUUCAACAAUUUUCUCCAAUACAUUGAGUGUUAACAGAUAAUUCAAAGGAGUGAAUUUUCUGUGUAAGCGCAUUGAUAAUUUAUAUGUAAAUUAUAAAUGAAGGAAAAUCCCCGACUUAUGAAUGGAUUGUAAUACAAAAAUACUUGUCAUGGCGUGCAGUUUUAAAUAUCUUUCCUCAUAGAAGUAAUUGAUGGUACAUUCUUAAGUGGGCUGUGUUUCUAGGUUAGCCUAUAAAUGCCUAUAAAGAGUUAAAAUUUUUCAAUCGGAGAAUAUAAAACAUUAUUAUACUUUGAAGAAAAGUCUUGGAGAGUAAGUAAAUGAUUUGAAUAUAUUCAAGAGCAUUAAAAAUGUUAUGGUAACAA